GGCAACAUCUUGCAUGAGCUCUUCAUUUCCUAACAGAAUAUCGAGAAAGGAAACCUUGUAAAAGCAGAAAGAAACCCAACAUGGAUGCCACUAUAACGUCCAAACUCCCAACGCUCUCUUCGGUCUUCUAACUGGCUGCGCCUCAACGCGGCACCACUUUCUCUCUUCUUACGUUCCAUUCCGUUUCUGCAAGCUCUCUCACUCUCUGGCUGAAGUCGCUCUCUCGCUCUCCGGCCUUAGCUCCCUCCGUUUCGCCGGUACAUGUGAUGGAUUUCUUUAUUGAAGCUGAGGGAUAACCGGAUAAGGAAAUUGCAUUGGUCAAUUCUCGGAAAUAUAAUAUAAUAAUGGCUCCGGCUGGCAAGGCUAAUGAGAGGGCUGCAGCAGAUGCAGCCGCAUGGAUGUUCAAUGUCGUCACUUCUGUUGGGAUUAUCAUUGUCAACAAAGCAUUGAUGGCUGCGUAUGGCUUCAGUUUUGCUACUACAUUAACUGGUUUGCAUUUCGCAACAACAACUCUGAUGACUGUGGUUUUAAGGUGCCUGGGAUAUAUUCAAACGUCUCAUCUACCAUUCCGGGAGCUUCUAAAAUUUGUUAUCUUUGCUAACUUCUCUAUUGUUGGAAUGAAUGUUAGUCUGAUGUGGAACUCUGUUGGAUUCUAUCAAAUUGCUAAGUUGAGCAUGAUCCCAGUGUCCUGCCUUUUGGAAGUUGUGUUGGAUAAAAUUCGAUACUCUAGAGACACGAAGCUAAGCAUAGCAGUAGUUCUACUUGGUGUUGGCGUUUGCACUGUCACCGAUGUGAGUGUCAAUGCCAGAGGUUUCAUUGCAGCCUCUAUUGCAGUAUGGAGCACCUCUAUGCAACAAUAUUAUGUUCAUUUUCUUCAACGGAAGUAUUCACUUAGCUCUUUCAACCUGUUGGGACAUACGGCUCCAGCGCAGGCUGCUUCAUUGCUGUUAUUAGGCCCCUUUCUAGAUUAUUGGUUGACAAACAAAAGAGUUGACAGUUACAACUAUAACAUAGAGUCUAUGAUGUUUAUAAUUCUUUCAUGCACUAUUGCCGUGGGGACCAACCUCAGCCAAUUCAUCUGCAUCGGCAGAUUUACGGCUGUCUCUUUUCAAGUACUUGGUCAUAUGAAGACAAUCCUUGUUCUUAUUAUGGGAUUCUUUUUCUUUGGGAAGGAGGGCCUCAAUCUGCAUGUGGUUUUGGGAAUGGUCAUAGCUGUAGUUGGAAUGAUUUGGUAUGGCAACGCCUCAUCUAAGCCUGGCGGAAAGGAGCGUCGGAGCCACUCACUCCCUACUACCCGACAACCAAAACAAAGCGGUUUAUCAGAAUCCACUGAGCUUGAUGGGAAAGUAUAAUCAGAUCAUUAGGAAUUAGGAAAACUGAGCAUUACACAGGUGGCUGAUUCCAGGAUGAUCUUAAUUAAUCAAGAUGGAAAACCACUCCACUCAUUCGUUUCUAAUUAUUCUCCAAACGUUAUGAGAUUCCUAGUUUCAUUUCUUUGUUCCGAGUUCCCCUUCUCCACCUCAAGAGAAUGGAUGUUUCUAGACAGGCUUUUACGUUUCUUACAAAAUUUUUCCCUUGCAUGAUUGUAAUUUAUAGUGAUAAAUUUUUUUGUGGUAUUUAUUUCCAAA